ACACUCAUGAAUGUUCAGUGACAUUGGGGCAAUUGGCAGAGUUGAGAAAAAAAAUGACAUUUUCGUGGAUCUUCUAUGAAGAAUGAAAAUGAGCAAAGUGUGAUCUUCAAUGCUUUUGUCCAUGAAAACUCUUAGAGAAGAUGGCUGAUAUAAGGCUGAAGGAAGCAGCACUAAUAGUUGGUGUGGUGGCAGCCUGCUACUGGAACAGUCUCUUUUGUGGCUUUGUUUUUGAUGAUGUUUCAGCGAUUUUGGACAAUAAAGAUUUGCAUCCUUCUACUCCGUUAAAAAAUCUGUUUCAGAAUGACUUCUGGGGUACUCCGAUGUCUGAGGAGAGGAGUCAUAAAUCUUAUCGUCCCCUUACCGUUCUUACGUUUCGCUUAAACUACUUGUUCAGCGAGUUAAAUGCAGUUUCUUACCACUUCCUAAAUCUGGUCUUUCAUGUGGUGGUUUGUGUAGUCUUCCUCAAGGUCUGUAAGCUUUUUCUGGACAACAGGAGCAGCGUAGUUGCAUCCUUGCUCUUUGCAGUGCACCCCAUACAUACUGAAGCGGUAACUGGAGUUGUGGGCAGAGCGGAGCUUUUAUCAUCUAUCUUUUUUCUAGCUGCUUUUUUGUCAUAUACAAAAUCGAAAGGGCCAGAUAAUACCAUAGUGUGGACUCCAAUUGCAGUGACUGUGUUUCUAGUAGCUGUUGCAACACUGUGUAAAGAACAAGGGAUAACGGUGGUGGGGAUAUGCUGCGUGUACGAAGUGUUUAUUGCUCAAGGGUACACCUUGCCAGUGUUAUUGGACACAGCUGUACAGAUUCUUCGAGGGAAGGGCAGUAUUCCUUUCUCUAUGCUUCAAACACUGUUGAAGCUCAUAGUCCUAAUGUUCAGUACACUGCUGCUUGUAGUUGUCAGAGUCCAGGUUAUCCAGUCUCAACUUCCAGUGUUUACAAGGUUUGAUAACCCAGCUGCUGUUAGUCCAUCCCCAGCAAGACAGCUGACUUUCAACUACCUCCUCCCUGUAAAUGCUUGGCUGCUUCUCAACCCCUCAGAAUUAUGCUGUGACUGGACAAUGGGAACUAUUCCUCUCGUGGAGUCUUUGUUAGAUGUUAGAAAUGUGGCCACCCUUACCUUCUUUUGCUUUCUGGGAUCUUUGGUUGUCUUCAGUCUCCGAUAUCCUGGGGAUUCCUCCAAGACUGUACUGAUGGCACUCUGCUUAAUAGUGCUCCCAUUCAUUCCUGCAUCAAACCUCUUUUUUCCUGUUGGAUUCGUAGUAGCAGAACGAGUGUUGUAUGUUCCUAGCAUGGGAUUCUGUAUUUUAGUAGCACAUGGAUGGAAGAAAUUAUCAAAUAAAAGUGUGCUAAGAAAAAUUUCUUGGGUUUGUUUGGCUGCAGUACUAUUCACUCAUGCCUUAAAAACACUGCACAGAAACUGGGAUUGGGAGUCAGAGUAUACAUUGUUUAUGUCAGCUUUAAAGGUAAAUAAGAACAAUGCAAAACUAUGGAACAAUGUGGGACAUGCAUUAGAAAAUGAAAAGAAUUUUGAAAGAGCUUUGCAAUUCUUCAUACAGGCCACGCAAGUUCAACCAGAUGAUAUCGGUGCCCACAUGAAUGUAGGAAGAACUUACAAAAACUUAAACAAAACUAAAGAAGCCGAAGAAUCAUACAUGAUUGCUAAGUCAUUGAUGCCACAGAUUAUUCCGGGUAAAAAGUAUGCAGCAAGAGUUGCUCCUAACCAUCUGAAUGUUUAUAUCAACCUUGCAAACUUGAUUCGAGCAAAUGAAUCUCGCCUUGAAGAAGCAGAUCAAUUAUAUCGACAAGCAAUUAGUAUGAGGCCAGAUUUCAAGCAGGCUUACAUCAGCAGGGGAGAAUUACUUUUAAAAAUGAACAAACCUCUGAAAGCUAAGGAGGCUUAUCUUAGAGCUCUAGAACUAGACAGAACCAAUGCAGACCUGUGGUACAACUUGGCAAUUGUUUACAUUGAACUGAAAGAUCCUACAGAAGCCCUGAAGAAUUUCAACCGCGCACUAGAACUCAACCCAACGCAUAAACUGGCGUUAUUCAACUCAGCGCUGCUAAUGCAGGAAUCUGGUGAUGCUCGGCUUAGACCUGAAGCUAAACAAAGACUGUUACAUUACGUGAAAGAAGAACCACAGGAUGCAAACGGGUACUUCAAUUUGGGUAUGCUGGCAAUGGAUGACAAAAAAGAUACGGAAGCAGAGGCAUGGAUGAAGAAAGCCAUAAGGUUACAGCCAAACUUUCGAAGUGCUUUGUUCAAUUUGGCACUGCUUUAUUCUCAGACAGCAAAAGAAUUAAUGGCUUUGCCUGUCCUGGAAGACCUGCUGAGAUACUACCCUGAUCAUACCAAAGGUCUGAUUUUGAAAGGAGAUAUUCUUAUGAACCAAAAGAAGGAUAUUGUUGGGGCAAAAAUGUGUUUUGAAAAAAUUUUGGAACUGGAUCCCAACAAUGUACAAGGAAAACAUAAUCUUUGUGUGGUUUACUUUGAAGAACGAGACUUAAUAAAAGCAGAAAAAUGUUUGGUUGAAACACUAGCACUGGCACCUCAUGAAGAGUAUAUUCAGCGUCAUCUAAACAUAGUUAGAAGUAAAAUUGCAUCACUCGGUGCUACAGAACAGUCAUCACUUCCUGCAGAUGGGACUGCAACUGCAGCUGCAGGAGAAAAAAAAAAUUCAUUUCAAAAUUUGAAAGAAGUAAAAAGUGAGGAGAAAACCACCCAAACAACAGUUGAUAACGAUAAAGGGCACUCAAAAAGUAAGAAACGAACAGAGAAAAACCAUAUGGACAAAGAGACUGCCAAAAAAUCUACAAAAGAAAUCAAAGACAUUGAGAAAAAGAGGGUUGCUGCUUUGAAAAGACUAGAAGAGAUUGAACGUAUAUUAAAUGGUGAAUAG